AUGGCUCGUCACUCCUCCAGCGACCACUCUCCCCCCUCUCGUCAUCACCGGAACCACCGCAGCGUCUCUCCCCCGCCGCGGGAUAAGCACAAGUGUUCCGGCCGCAGCGGGGCCAAGCCAGUACAGACCGGUUCCGGUACGCUGGGUUCAACUCACUCACGCUCUCCGUCUCCACGAACGAAGCGGUUGAAGAGAACUCAAUCCGAACGCCACCGUGAGCCUCACGAGAGUGACAGGAAUUAUCAUGGCAGUAACAGCAGAGGGAUAGGUUCGGAGAUGGAUGGAGUUGAGCGGAGGGAAAAGAGAACGGACGAGGAGGGUAGCGGAAGGAGUAACAAAUCGGAAAAGAGAAUGAAGAACGAAGACGGCGUUGGAAGGAUUAGCCGAUUGUCGCGGUCGAGGCAUGAAAGAUCGCCGGAGCGUGACCACAAUGGGAGGGCCCAACAUAGGUCUCAAUCUCCUUCGCAUCGUCACGCUUCCGCCGCAAAUACAAAACCUCGUGAUGAGAUGAUAAAUUCAAGAGGAGCUGAACAAAUGGAUGAUGAGAAUGAUUCUAUUAGGAAAAUGAAGGCUGCUGAGGAUGCUUUGGAAGAUAAACAGAAGCAAAAACCUUCAUUUGAGCUAUCGGGGAAGCUUGCAGCUGAAACAAAUCGAGUCAGAGGUGUUACUUUGUUAUUCAAUGAACCACCAGAGGCACGAAAACCGGAUGUUAAAUGGAGGCUUUAUGUUUUCAAGGCUGGUGAAGUGCUACAUGAGCCCCUUUAUAUACACCGCCAAAGUUGUUAUCUUUUUGGAAGGGAAAGAAGGGUUGCUGAUAUCCCUACUGAUCAUCCAUCUUGCAGCAAGCAACAUGCUGUUAUUCAAUUCCGGCAAGUUGAAAAGGAGCAACCCGAUGGUACAUUAUUAAAGCAAAUAAGGCCUUACAUUAUGGACCUUGGAAGCACAAACAAAACUUUCAUAAAUGAGAGUCCCAUUGAGCCUCAACGGUAUUAUGAACUUAGGGAAAAGGACACCAUUAAAUAUGGUAAUAGUAGCCGAGAAUAUGUAUUACUUCAUGAGAAUUCUCUUGGGUAA